GGGGGACUCGGCGAACAGUCUGCAGUUUCUGGAGCUGCUCUGAGGCAUCCCAAUGUCCGUGGGUGGCUCGCCAGGGCGGCCAGCCCUGCUCUCCCUGCUUUUGGUGGCAGCGAUGCCUUUCUCCUGCUCAGCCGUAUCCACAGAUGAAGCGCGGGUGCAGCUGUUGAUGAGAGAGAAGAUGAUGCAGCUGGGGGGGCAGCUGGUGCUGACCGAGCAGGAGGAGCUGGCCAACGGGAGGCUCAUGGCCCUCAAAAAGGCCGAGGUGGCACAGGCCAUGAAGAGCCAGAAUUUCCCUCCCAGCAUGCACUUCUUCCAGGCCAAGGAUCUCAUCGAGAAAAGUGAGGUGUUUAAUCUCCUGAAGAAGAUGCCAAAAGGGGCUGCCUUACAUGUCCAUGACUUCGGCGUCCUGAGCAUGAACUGGCUGGUGAAAAAUGUCACCUACAGGCCCCACUGCCACUUCUGUAUCACCCCGAAGGGGGCCCUGAAGUUCAAAUUUGCUUAUCCAGCACCCCCCACCCCAAUGCCAGCAGAGUGUUCAAAGUGGGUUUUGCUGGAGAAAUAUCGAAAGGAGAUCCAGAACGUCACUGAGUUUGACAACGGACUGCUAAAGAAUUUCACUCUGAUGACUGAGAACCCCGACGUGGACUAUGCAAACCAAAAUAUCGUCUGGUCCAAGUUUCAAACGAUCUUCUUCACAAUCUCUGGCCUUGUCCACUAUGCACCAGUGUUCAGAGACUAUGUCUUCCAGGCCCUGGAGGAGUUCUACCAGGACAAUGUGCUCUACCUGGAGCUCAGAGCCAUGCUGUUCCCGGUGUAUGAACUGAAUGGGACCAUCCAUAGUCAAGAGUGGUCAGUGAGGACUUACAGAGAAGUGGCUUCUUUGUUUGCGAAAGAGCAUCCCGGGUUUAUUGGAAUCAAACUCAUUUAUUCAGAUCACAGAAUAAAAAAUGUGUCCUUCAUCGUGAAAUCCGUCCAAACAGCCAUGAUGCUUCGAGCCAUGUUCCCCAGGAUGGUGGCAGGGUUUGACCUGGUGGGGCGUGAGGACACUGGCCACUCCUUGUAUGACUACAGGGAGGCUUUGAUGAUUCCCACCUUGCAUGGCGUUAAACUGCCUUACUUUUUCCAUGCUGGAGAGACAGACUGGCAGGGUACUUCCAUAGACAGAAACCUUCUGGAUGCUCUACUACUGAACUCUACCAGGAUUGGCCAUGGAUUUGCUUUGACCAAACACCCAGCAGUCUGGGCUGACUCCUGGAAGAAGAACAUCCCCAUAGAAGUCUGUCCCAUCUCCAACCAGGUUCUGAAACUGGUGUCGGACUUGAGAAACCACCCUGCCGCUGUUCUGAUGGCCACUGGGUACCCCAUGGUGAUCAGCUCUGAUGACCCAGCUGUCUUUGGUGCCAAAGGCUUAUCCUAUGAUUUCUAUGAGGCCUUCAUGGGCAUUGGGGGAAUGGCGGCCGAUCUGAGGACACUCAAACAGCUGGCCAUGAACUCUAUCAAGUUCAGCACCUUGUUGGAUAUUGAUAAAAAGGCUGCCAUGAAAACCUGGGAGGAGAGAUGGAAUAUGUUUGUAGCCGACCUGGCAAGGAGGCCAAAGUGA